GGUCUAGUCUGAGUGCGCAGUGGAUGCUGAGGGAGACGAAAAAAAACAUUGUUUGUUAUCGUUUUGGGUAUCUUAUUGAGAUGCAAUUACCACACUUUUAUGGAUUCAUGCAUUAUCAUCAAUUCAAGCCCGUGUUCUGUGGUAGCAGUAUAAUGAAGCCAAUAAGAAGCUUUUAGUGUUUUGCAGCAUCUCUAGCGUAGACAAAUUGUUGCACCAAAUGCAACGUUUUCUCUCUUCUGCUUCGUCGGCCCUCAUUUUUCGGUGCAGAUUUAUAUUCACCCCUAAUCAUCACUAAUUCAGCAGGGAAGCACCAUGCUGACCAGUAUCACUGAAGGGAUACUGUGCUGCCUGACUGGGAAGGCUGCCAGUCUGGUUUUGCCCCUGGAGUCAUCAGAACCCUCUGAUGGGUUUGAGUUUGUGGAGGUGAAACCUGGGAGAGUCCUGCGAGUGCGUCACAUCAUCCCCGAGCGUCAGCCCGUAGUAACGGAAGAUCAAAUUGCAAGCAAGGGGAAGAUGGAUGGCGAUGAUGAUGACGGCUCUCCUGAGGAUUAUAACAACAGCAAUACCGGCAGCAGUGUCCACUGCAAGCGGAAGAUCACAGUCUUCCGCAAUGGCCAGCUGGUGAUUGAGAAUCUCGGCGAUGUUUUGCACUCUGAGAUCCUGCAGUGUCAGGAUGGGGAUCUGGAGCCUUGCAGCACUGUCGAGGUGGAGCUGGCCGACUACAAAGAAAUGCCCUCUUCUCCAGACCCCAACCCUGUUCCUCAUCCAGUUCUUUCACCCCUUGGGGAACAGAAACCUGCUCCACCUCCUCGCCGUCGCCGUCGCAAGCCCAAGCGCACAGUGCAAAUCGACUCAAAGAGGGUGAUCUCGAGCUGCAAAGGGACACACUCGGAUGUAGCUCUGUUCUUCGUGCACGGCGUGGGAGGUUCCCUAGACAUUUGGGGCAGCCAACUGGACUUCUUCUCUCGGCUAGGCUAUGAGGUCAUUGCGCCGGACUUGGCGGGGCAUGGAGCCAGCACUGCUCCGCAUAUUGCAGCGGCUUAUACUUUUUAUGCCCUUGCGGAGGACCUUCGUGCCAUCUUUAAGAGAUAUGCUCGUAAACGCAACAUUCUCAUUGGCCACUCGUAUGGAGUGUCAUUUUGCACCUUCCUGGCCCACGAAUAUCCUGAUCUGGUCCAUAAGGUGGUGAUGAUCAACGGAGGAGGCCCGACAGCUCUGGAGCCCAGCCUAUGCUCCAUAUUCCAGCUGCCAUCUUGUGUCCUGCACUGUCUGUCGCCCUGUCUGGCCUGGAGCUUCCUCAAAGCUGGGUUUGCCCGUCAGGGUGCCAAAGAAAAGCAGCUGUUGAAACAGGGCAACGCCUUCAAUGUGUCUCCGUUUGUCCUGCGAGCCAUGAUGAGUGGCCAGUACUGGCCUGAGGGGGAUGAGGUCUACCAUGCCGAGCUUACUGUGCCCAUCCUUCUGGUUCACGGCAUGUGUGACAAGUUUGUGCCCAUGGAUGAGGACCAGCGCAUGGCAGAGAUCCUUCUGUUUGCAUUCCUAAAAGUCAUCGAGGAGGGAAGUCACAUGGUCAUGAUGGAGUGCCCUGACACCGUCAACACCCUCCUCCACGAGUUCUUUCUAUGGGAGCCUGACAUGUCCAGAAAAGACAGCAGCAAGACAGACACAGCUCUCAGUGACUCUCUCCACAUACUGAAAAUCAAUAAGCCUAUGGACAAAUAACCAACCAGGACUCUAGUUUUAUUACGGAACCAAGCAGAAGGCCCCUUGUGGCAUGUGUUCUUAAGGCUGCUCCCAGGCUGAGAGCUGUUAUAAAUAGGGCCACCUCUUAAGGAUGUGGACAGCCACUGGUGCUCCAAGAUAAAGCAGGACUUAGGCAUGUUGCCGACCAGAGAACGAUGGAACGAACAUAAAGAUGAGGGGAAUGGAUGCAAAUACACAGUCAGUUUUUGCUUCGCUUUUUAAUACCAGUUUGUGCACCAUUGCAUCAUGUUUGAGAAACGACACAAUACCUGGAGGACUAUGUCCAUCCAUUAUUGGUGUAUUAAAUGUAUCGGGCGAAGAGCUACAAGAUGCAAAAAGCAUAAAAUCCAUGAAAUGGUGUGUGAAUUCCCUCACCUUAAAUAUUCUGUAAAGUACUGCAGAGCUUCUGUUCAACCUUUACAAAAUGGUUAUCAACUUAUAGUUGGGCCCAUCUUACAUCUGCUUUCAGUGGGAAACUGGCUAAAUGUAGUGAAUUGAGGAAUUACAGAUCCGGUUUUCCAGUAUGAGGAUGAAGAACGUGUUAUAAUGCAACCCAAGUGUUGAUAAUAAUAGUUUAUUACCAAAUAAUAAAGACAUUAAAUAUAUACGUCAUUCAUACAUAAAUGACAUUAUGCGAGGAGAAACACAAAAUCCAUUGUUAACAUGCAUUUCAGCCACCUAUUAACCACAUCCAUACAAUGUACUGUGAUCACCAUCUCAAACAUGAAGACUCACAAUCACAGCUAUUGUCAAUAAAAUUGGAUCAUAUAUUUCCAAAUUACAGCAAUAUAUUUUCCAUAUAUUAAACUCUAAUAUAAAAUCUAAAUCCAAAAAGCUAUGUGCAUCUAUGUUAAGCACAAUGUAACCAACUCAUCGAUUCAUAUUUGCAUGGAAAUUAAGUAAUAUGCAAUGAGAUUUAUGUGAACUGGUUGCAAAUACAAAUGUAAACAAACAUGGAUGCCCAAAAGGUUCUCCUUUAUUCUAGCAGCUAUUUCUGCAAUAGUAUAUAAUAUCCUAAGGAUACAAAGUGCCGAGGCCCUGCAUGAAUUCAGAAUAUGAAAAGGUAUGAAGGUUGUGUCAGACAGUUGCAAUAUAUUCUCAUAUUGAAAAAUUCCCUGUGCACUUCUCCCUAAUCAUAUAUCAAAUGAGUGUUAUUUUUAUUGUGUAAGUAUUAUUUUGCCUUUAUUUUGAAAUAACUGCCAUAACAAAUUGUGGUUGUAUUGACCGCUUUAAGCUGCUGAGUGUGUUGCUCUACUACUCUCCAGUCCAUCCUAUUUAUCUAAUAGUGUCAAACAGAAAGAAUGAGCUCAAUAUUAUGCUCACUGAAAGACAUUCAUUCAUGGGUGCUACUUUGUCUCAUAGUGGGACAGUAAGGUGCGAGUAAUAAAAAGAAAAGGUGUAAAUUGGUAGAUUUGAGACUGAGUGUCCAAAGCUUAAAAUCAAAUAUGAGUCAGCCGAAGGAGAGAGUCUCUUACAAAGAAGGACAUUUGUACGGACCAUGCUGGUCUGUUGUAUAUGCAUUUUGACAGAAUGCUGAUGCAACAUGACUGGUCUUAUGCAACUGGAACAAAAUAGAGAGAAAUAUAGUGGAAAUAAACUGACUUGGCACUGACAUCUCAAAAAACAUUAUAUAUUCUCUAUGGACCUUCCAAAAACCAACAAGUGCUGCUGAUGCAAUGUACUGUGUGUCUCCUUUGGUGUAAAAGGUCAGUAAAACUGUAUGAACGACAGGAUGCACAUGUACUUCCUCUUAUGCUAAAAGUGUACAUAUACAAAUUGUCAGUGCUCAAAUGUGCUAUAUCUUUUUGUGGUUAACAAAGAUGUGUUAAUGUGUUUAUUCAUGGAAAUCAUUAUAUAUGCACUGCCUGAAUGUAGAUGCAUAUAACAUUAUAUAGCCUAUCAAAACAGUUGGGUUCAGUGUAUUAAUGUGCCUUUCCUGGCAUGAAAUAAAACCAAUGUUCACAGA